UUCCUGUUGAGAUAAGAAAACACCCCCCAGGCUAUAUAUAAACUCUAUGUACGUGAGCUAGCUUCUGUUCAUAGCUACAGUGCAGUGCAGUGCAGCACAGAGCAAGGCAUUUCCAUCCAGAUCAACUUGGCAAAAGCAAGAAUUACAAAACCAUACAGAGUCAUGGAGGAGGAUUCCUAUUUGGUGGUGAUCGAGGGUGGUAGUCCGUGGGGCUUUGGGAUUCAGGGAGGUCUCGACUUCAGGUCUCCACUCCGAGUGAAAAUGGUUACCCCAGGAGGGCGGGCACAUAAGAGCGGGCUGGUUACCGGGGACUACAUUACAGCCAUUAACGGCCAAGAGACAAAGCCCCUGAAGCACAUGCAAGCAAUGCAGCUCAUCAAGAAAUCAACACAGAAAGUGGAGCUAACUUGUAUAAAGAUGCGGCCGGGCCUCAUUUCCCCAGCCACCAACUCAUCGUUUAGCUUUCCCAGCCGGGUUGCCAAUGGCAGCGUCCCUAAACCACCGGUCUCGCGGAGCCCGGUGAUCAGUAGCAAGACACUCACACGACCUGCCCCUCCCCCCGUUGUUGUCAAUGGUCACAAUCGCCAGUCCAGUCUGGGCACGCCCAGUGAGUCCACGGCAAGCUCCUCCCCCCACAGCUGUGGCGGUGAGAGCUACGAGGCUAAAUUCCUCGGCAUGGACACAUAUUGCAUUGACAAGUCACAUCCUAUGCCAGAUGUUGCAGUGCCAGACGUUGCAGUACCGGACGUUGCAGUGCCAGACGUUGAGGUGCCAGACGUUGCAGUGCCGAAACUUGAGGUGCAGGAGUCUGUGGAUGUGGUCCAAGUCGAGGAGGAACCUCUCGUCACUUACGACCUUGGGAAAGAGGAAUCCCUACCACAGGAAGUGAUAGAAGAAAUGGCUGUAAUGGUGGAAGUGAAGGAUGAACUACAUGCAGCGUACAGCCUGGAGUCGUUGGACGAGCCGUCCGAACCUGAUCAGCAAGACGCCCCUGUUGAACAAACGGAGGAAGUAAUUAAUGAUGAGUCUGCAGUUUCUGAAACGGUUGAAGCCAUAGUAAUGACCCCACAGGAUAUAGACAUUACAUGCGAUGUACAUAAUGGGGAAGCCCCCGUUCCUAUUGUGGAGGCAGCAGAAGCUGUUGUUAUGGAAGAGACCCCAAUUGAGCUCAACUGUGACGAGACAGCUGGGGAGGUUGAAGUGAAGAAGCCAUCUCGCAAAGCCAGUCCUUCCAUGAACAAGAUGGACCUGGUCAACAUCAUCGCUCAUGCUGCUGAGAGGAAGAAACGGGAGAGCAGAGAGAGCAGCGUAGACUCUCAAGAUCCCACCAAAGGCCAGAGCUCACCUGAGAAGUCCCCUCAAGUCCCAAAGAAGCAAUCUCCCAAACACUCUCCCAAGGAGACCUCCCCAAAACCAGCCGGUGGCAAAUCGGUCAUGUCAGCUUCUAAACCACCUAAACCAGUGAGGGCAUUGUCUAUCGAGGCCAAGGAAGACAUCUUGCCUGUUGCCAAGCAACCACUCAAGCAGACAGAGAACCCCGUUGCCGCAGGAAUUAAGGAACCGGGAUGGUACAAGCAGAUGUUCCAGGAUUUCCAGCACACAGUGGAAGAGACCUACCCUGGAUCAUCUUCAGGUCCUGAGACAGAGUACGUGUACGACGAGAGAGGACUGAAGGUGAGGAGAGACUCUCUGCCCAGGAACACUAAACCACUGCAACCGGAGAGGGAGAAAGCUCCAAAUCCUGGAGUGACGACUGACGAUGUGCUGUCAGCCAACAAGAGACAGACCGGCUUGAAGGCCAAUCAGUUCAGCACUGAUGGAUCUAGAGACUACUGGAAUCAGAAGGACCAAGACCAUAAAGAGUUUGAAGAAAACAAGAGGAACUCACAGGAGCUCCACGUUCGUCAGAGCUCCAGUUCCAGCGACUACUCAACCAAGAUGACCUCCAUGCACCCUCUGCUGCAGGCUGCCGCGCAAGAGAACAAGGAGACGCCAGCAGCUGCUGAUGGAGAAGAAUCUGAGAGAGUGUUCAACCGCAUCGAUGCGUCCAAGUUGCAGGGGGCACUGGAGAACGCCUCAAUGCUAAAAAAGCUGGAGAAGGAAGGCGUGGCACCCGAGUUGUUGCCAGGAGUUGCUAAAGGCAUGCAGGAAGAGAAAAACAAGCCAAAGGAGAAACAGCUCAAGCCUCCACCUGGAAGGAAAGGAAAGGCUCUCUACGCUUUCGAUGGACAAACUGCAAAGGAGCUGUCGUUCCAGAAGGGAGACAUUGUUGACCUCCUACACACUGUUGACGCCAACUGGCUGCAAGGAUCACUGGGCGGAGCAAAAGGCAUCUUUCCAGCCUCAUACAUACAGGUGCUCAGUCUUGAUGAGUAUCGUCAACUCAUCUCGCCAGAGCCCAAGGCACGUAUAGAGGUUGGCAAAGCCCAGGCACUCUACGACUUUCAGGGACAGAGUCUCAGAGAACUUUCCUUCAGCAAAGAUGACGAAUUGAUUAUUAAGAAGAAGAUCGAUGACAACUGGUACGAGGGUUACCAUGGAGACAAGGAAGGAAUAUUUCCAGUACUCUAUGUGAAAGAGCUUUAAAAGGUUCAUGGCAGUCAUUUUCAAUUUCAAGGAACAAUCAUUGUUAUCCAUGUAUACUUAUGUUGAAACUUAUGACUGUGUAGUUGCAGCUCAAUCUUUUAAUUGUUUUUUGUACCCCCGUAUGCAUUGCUUGUGUUUGUCGAAUUAUUUUUGA